AUGGAGAUUCCUACCCAGACCCAGGGCUGCUUCUCAAAGGGCCUCCUGUUCUCAGCCUUGAUCCUGGCUCUCUGGCUGCCCAAAGGCUCCCAGGCAGCCCUCCACAUCCAGAAGAUCCCAGAGCAGCCUCAAAAGAACCAGGACCUUCUCCUGUCCCUUCAUGGUGUUCCCAGCACUGUCCAGGACUUUAUCUGGUACCUGGGGGAAGAGACUAAUGGAGGCACAAGGCUGUUCUCCUACAUCCCUGGGCUACUGCGGCCCCAAAGGGAUGGCAGUGCCAUGGGACAACGAGACAUCAUUGGCUUCCCCAAUGGUUCCAUGUUGCUCCGAGGUGCCCAGCCUUCAGACAGCGGCACUUACCAAGUGGCCGUCACCAUCAACCCUGCCUGGACAAUGAAGGCCAAGACUGAGGUCCAGGUCGCUGCUGCCCUACAUGACAAAGGAAACGGGGGCGGGGGGACUCUUCACCUGCUUCAGUGGGACGAGUGUCUCCACCUAGAACCUCCCCAACACACUCCAGGUUUACAGAAGUAUUGCUCCGUGUCAUCCACACCUGGUGUCAACUUCCAGAAGCACUCUGAACCCCUACACAGCGCUGGGGACACUGUGGGGACACAGCGCAGGGAGGAGAAGGACGAAGCUCUGAACAGUGUGAUGCGGGCACUCUGGGGUCAUCGGGGAGGGCCUGCUGGAAGGGGCAGUCAGCUUGGACGCAUUGUGUAG